ACAAACAAAACCACCAACUGUCAUAACAACCCUCUCUCCAUAACAAUGGAAUCCGUUGCUUCUAAUUCUGAUAAUAAUAAUAAUAAUUCUUCUUCGUCAUCAUCGUCGUCUUCGUCGCAGCAGAAUCAUCACCACCACCACCCCCGGUUCAAGCCGAGCCAACCAAUCUCGGACCGGAUAGUCCGUGCCCUGAGGCACCGCCUCCUCCUCCUCCACCGCUCCACCACCACCUUCUUCGUCUUGGGCGCCACCGCGAACGUCUACACGGUGAACCUCUCGUCCACACCAUCAUGCACGUGCCCGGACCGAACCACCCCAUGCAAGCACAUCCUCUUCGUCCUCAUCCGUGUCCUGGGCGUGCCCCUCGACGACGCCUGCCUAAGGCGGAGGACCCUCCGACCCUGCCAGGUCCAGCGCCUGAUGGCGGCACCCACGCUCCCCGAGGCAGUGGCGGGGGACGCGCUGAAGCAGAGGUUCCGGCAGGUGUUCUUGGAGGGAGGAGGAUCGUCGUUAUCGUCGUCGUCGAUCGAGACGGAGGAGGGCGCCACGUGUCCCGUGUGCAUGGAAGAGAUGGGGAAGGAAGAGAAGCUUGUGGCAUGUGGGACAUGCAGGAACCCUAUCCAUGAAGAGUGCCUUAUGAGGUGGAAGAGGAGCAGUGGGAGGAGAUCGGCGAGUUGCGUGAUAUGCAGGGCACGGUGGCGGAAUAGGGCGGAACAGGAUAAGUAUGUUAACCUCUCCGCGUAUGUUAGCGAGGAUGAUGAUGUCAUGCCACCCCCUUCUUCGUCUCUCUGCACUGAUCAUCCCUAGGUUGUCAAUAUACUUAAUGUUUGUAAAGUGGUAGCAUUUAAUGGGAGCUGAUUCUGAAGAAUAAAUGUAAAGAUUUAAUUUAUGUUGCAAUUAGUGUAGUUAGAAAGUUGUGUUCAUGAGAGUUAUUUAACUGUGUUGUGUAUGACGUUGAUUGACUUUCUGACACCACAAUUUGGAUCGGAACAAGAUCCCACUUGGCAUGUGUCUACUGCCAAAUGCAUGGAUGUUAUGGUGCUGCA